CGCGGCGGCCGACGGGGGGAUGGACGGGCGCGCGCCAGGUCGCCCUGCGCCUGCUGAACUCCGAGCGCCCGAGGAUGUCCGCGCUGAGGCAGGUCACCUCCCUGAAGAGGCCCCGGGCAGGCACUGUCGAAACAGUUCUUGGACAGGAGUCUGACGGCCCCCAGAGGAGGUGGAGGGUUUCUGCAACAGGCUACUGGUGGAACAGGGCGCUGCUGUCUAGCCCCAGGAAGCUUCUAGUGAAGAGGGCCCCGAGGAACCUGCAUCCUUUUCCUUAACUCUUUCAGAGGGUACGGCAUACGCCCAGAUUGGAGUUAAAGGUCUGUAUGAGCUGUUGGCUGUUGGCUGUUGUGCCAGGCCGGCUGGGGCCACAUGUGGACAGCCAGGAAGACCUGACCUUCCUCUGGGAUAUGUUUGGUGAGAAAAGCCUGCAUUCACUGGUAAAGGAGUGCUCUGCACUUGGCCUGUGCCAUUGGCCGUGUAGAUGUGGUGAAGUACCUGCUCGCUUGGAAAUGCAAUGUCAACCUCCGUGAUGGAGAAAACAGGACAGCUCUAAUGAAGGCUGUACAGUGCCAAGAAGAGGCAUGUGUAGAUAUUCUGCUCAAAAAAGGUGCUGAUCCAAAUGCUAAGGACUUCAAGGGCAACACCGCUCUCCAUUAUGCGGCCUUUGAGGGGAAUAUCUCAAUAGCACAGAAGCUGCUUUUUAACAAAGGAGAUAUAGAGGCCAAAAACAAGGAUGGCCUCACACCACUUUUAGUUGCUGUAAAUGAAAAAAAAGAGAAAAUGGUGGCAUUUUUAGUAGAAGAAGCAAAUAUAAAUGCAGUUGACUACGCUAAAAGGAGUGCUCUGCACUUGGCCUGUGCCAAUGGCCAUGUAGAUAUCGUGAAGCUCCUGAUAGAUCGGAAAUGCCAGCUAAACCUCCGUGAUGGUGAAAACACGACAGCUCUAAUGAAGGCUGUACAAUCCCAAGAAGAGGCAUGUGUAGAUAUUCUGCUGAAACACGGUGCUAAUCCUGAUGUAAAAGACAACAAGGGCAACACUGCUCUCCAUUAUGCGGCAUUCGGGGAGAAUGUCACAAUAGCACAGAAAGUACUUUUAAGGAAAGGAAAUGUGGAGAUCAAAAACAAGGAUGGCCUCACACCACUUUUAGUUGCUGUAAAUGAAAAAAAAGAGAAAAUGGUGGCAUUUUUAGUAGAAGAAGCAAAUAUAAAUGCAGUUGACUACGCUAAAAGGAGUGCUCUGCACUUGGCCUGUGCCAAUGGCCGUGAAGAUAUGGUGAAGCUCCUGGUAGAUCGGAAAUGCGAGCUAAACCUCCGUGAUGGUGAAGACACGACAGCUCUAAUGAAGGCUGUACAAUGCCAAGAAGAGGCAUGUGUAACUCUUCUCCUGGAACACGGUGCUGAUCCGAAUCUGAAAGACAACAAGGGCAACACCGCUCUCCAUUAUGCAGCCCGUGAAGAGAUUGUCUCAAUAGCAGAGAAGCUGCUUUUACAAAACGCAAAUAUAGAGGCCAAAAACACGGAUGGCCUCACACCAGUUUUAGUUGCUCUAAAUGAAAACAAAGAGCAAAUGGUGAAAUUUUUAGUAGGAAAAGGAGCACGUCUACUUGCAGGGGAUAUGGUUAAAAGCAGUGACCAACUAAUUUCUGAACAUAAAGAAGAAAUGGAACCUGAAAAUUCUUCACAGAAUCAUGAUCUAGUGGCUACGAAGUCUGAAGAAGUCGCUUUAAGCAGUCUUAUCCGCAAAGCUGAUACUGAUGAUUCAAGGCCCUCAAAACAUGAAGACUUAAGUUCUGAUACCAAGACUGUCCCGAAACUAAACUUUAGAAAGCUAAUGGCUGCUUUUCGGCGACCCAAGAGAGCAAAAUGUGGUCUUGUGAGCCAAGAAGAUAGACCUUUAUUUGCUGACAACAAUUUUUCAAGGGAAGAUAAGACUGAAACUCUUUGUAAACCAUCAGUCAGUGUCUCUGACUCUUCUCCUCUUGCUUUUGUAUCACCUGAAACUCCUCAAACGUCUUUAGCAAUGCUUGGUGUUACAAAGGCACACAGUGAGAGAGAGAGAGAGGCAGAGACACAGGCAGAGGGAGAAGCAGGCUCCAUGCACCGGGAGCCCGACGUGGGAUUCGAUCCUGGGUCUCCAGGAUCGCGCCCUGGGCCAAAGGCAGGCGCCAAACCGCUGUGCCACCCAGGGAUCCCGGAAGGAGCAACAAAGCCGGCAAUUGGAAAAAAGGACAAUGGUAUUGAUAUUAUUGAAAGUCCUCCACAAGAGCAAGCAGUUAAUGACAAUUUGACUUCUGCUGAUAGAGCACACAAAAAUCAUAUGAGUGAUAGGAUAUCAGCUUUAGGACGAGGAGAAGAUAGUUCACCUUGGGAUUCUGAGAGUAUUUCUGCAAGACUUCCAAAGAAUUCUGUUGAUUGUUUACCUGGAGCUGCAGAUCAACAAGGGCAAAGUAUAUUCAAUGAACAAGUAGAAGAUUCUCCUGGAAAAGAUCUUCUUCACUGGGAGUCUACCACUAAAGUGAAAGAUUCUGUUCCUAAUGAAGCAGUAGCAACGAGUGAUAAACAAACACCCAGAUCAGAUUUUUCAUCAGAACCAGACUUAGAAGUGGCAUCAGAGCAAAAGCAAGAGCAAGAAAGGCCUGAUAAAAGUGAAAAUAACCACCCCCAGGAUAAAGUUAUUUUACAAACAUGUAUCCUGGCUGAAAAGACAUCUGAAAGCCAAACCAAGCAAAUUAACAUUCCACUUGUGCAACUGCAAAAUAUGGCUCGAGAACCAGAAAUGAAUAUGGAAUGUGAUAGACAGGGUGAUAGAUCUGUACAUUCAGAACAUCCUCGUGUGCACGAGAAGUAUGAGGAGAUACAGAUGAAACAAGGCAAAUUAGAUUGGAAAAAUAAUGUGAAACGCAUGAGCAGAGAGUUAAAGCAGAAGAUUGGUAAAACUUGUAAAAAGUACCGAAUUACUACUCAUCCUAAGUUAGAACCACUACGUGGUAAUUCUAAAGAAGCAGACUUAAAGGAAAUACCUCCUAAUGUGACAAAAGUUACACUUGAUUGUGAGGAAAAAGAUGAAUUUGGAGUGUCUGUCUCUUUAGUACCUCAGGCCUUUCCCGAACAAAAAGAGCCUUGUCUCGAAAAUGCUAUUCUCUUUCAUUCAUACUCUGGGUCCCCGGACUAUGCUUGCCAGUCAUCUUCUAAGCUUUCUUUCCAUGAAAAUGAUAACAAACCAGGUGAGCAUGUUUUUAACAAAAAUGAGAGUCUUGAUAGCGAUCCAGAAAAUAAAAAAGUAAGGAACCCACUAGUUACAUUUGAAGUGAAAGAAGACCAAGAGUUUGACAUGCAGAUGGCCGAAAGUUUGAACCAAAAUACCACCAAUAGUAAAUUAGACACUGGAUAUAUCCCUCCGUAUAGUGACCCAGAAAGCCUUUUUGAUUUGCGGCUUGCCCACUCCAAUGUGGCGAAACAAAUGAUUCAGAAGAAAAGGCGUGAUACUUCCGCUAUUGCAAACACUUACAAGAAAACAAAACCAAUACGAGACUCUUUCCAGAAGCCAUUAUAUGCAGAUAAUGACAGUACUAAUAACUAUAAAAGUACGGAACCUGCAUUAGAAAAUGUGAGUUCUUCACCACGUCCUUUCAGAACAUCAAAAGUAUAUCAAAAAGAAGAAUUACAGCAAGAUAUGCAAAAUCUGCAAAGGUUUAAGAAUGAGAAAGACAUGUUACAAGUAAAACUCCUGGCUUUGGAAAAAGAGAAAGUUGAACUUCAAAAAGAGACUGGAAAAGAAAGGAAGCAGCACAAGAGUAGUAAAAUGGAAGGAGCAGAAAACAUACAUGCUGCUGCUGCUGCUGUUCCUGCUGCUGGACUAAUUCAACAAAGAAAGAGUGGAAAAACUGAUUACCACCUGUUUCCUACUACGCAGAAUGAAGAUUCUGAUAGUAAUGAUCCUGGUUUGUCUAUCAUGGAAAUAAAGAAAGAUAAAAAUGUAAAGUGGGCAUCAAAAGCAUCUGCGAUCACACCAGGCUUUGAGGAGGCCGAUUCCCUAACUGGUAGUCUACUACGAGUGAGUAAUGACAACAGUCUAAGUGAAAUGGAUCAGGAUGAAAGAAGACCUGCAAAGAAAACAUCUAAGGAAAAGAACAAGGUCAAAAAGCAAGUGAAGUCUGUGCAACACCUUGAUGACUUAACUCAGUCAUCUGAAGCAGCUUCAGAGGAUUCCAAGUUGCAAUACUCUGAUUAUGAGAGUUCCCUGUUGCUCACUGAACUUGGCAUGGAUUAUAAAGAUUCUGUUAGCGUAUUGACAAUCCGGGAUGCAAUUCUUAAAUACGAAAGAUCAAUAGAAUUAAAAAAAAAAGAGUGUGAACAACUUAUAAGAAAAAUUUUAAAAGUGGAAUAUAAGGUCAAUGGACUAGAAAAGUUGCUAUCAGAAACAAAAGAAAUGAAAUCUCAGUUAGAGCAUCAAAAAGUGGAAUGGGAACGAAAACUCUACAGUUUAAGAUUGACUUUAAAACAAGAAAAAGAAAAAAGGAGAAGUGCUGAAAUGUUACAUAUAAAUAUUAAGGAGCAAUUAAGAAGUAAAGAAGAGCUGAGUGAAGUUUCUCCUCCUCAUGAAAAAGAAAAAGGUCUGUUACAUGAAAACUGCAUGUUGCAAGAUGAAAUUGCCAUGCUAAGACUGGAAAUAGACACAAUAAAGAAUCAGAAGCAGGAAAAGGCAAAGAGGUAUUGUGAAGACACUGAAAUUGAAAAAGAAAAGAAUGACAGUCUUCAAAACGCCAUAAAACUGAAUGACGUAACAUUAACAAAUACAGUAUUCCAGUCUAGUGGGCAGCUGAAUGUUGUGACAACUGAGAAUACCAUGCUGAACUCUAAACUGCAGGAUGAAAAGCUAAACAGAGAAAGACUGGAAGCAAAACUUCAAUCAUACCGAGCUAGACUCGCUACAGCUAUACAGGAUCGUGAUCAAAGUCAGGCAUCAAAAAGAGACCUAGAACUUGCUUUCCAGAGAGCAAAAGAUGAGUGGUGUCAUUUACAGGACAAAAUGAACUUUGAGAUGUCUAACUUAAAAGAUAACAAUGAGGUGCUUUCUCAGCAACUUUCUGAAGCCGAAAGUAAAUUCAAUGCCCUAGAAAUUGAGCUCCAGUAUACAAGAGAUGCUCUCAGAGAAAAGACUUUGGCUUUAGAACAUGUACAAAGAAACCCAAAACAAACACAGGGCCAGAAGAAGGAAAUUGAGCAGAAAUAUCAAAACGAACAAGGUAAAGUGAAUAAAUACAUUGGAAAGCACGAAUCCUUAGAAGAGAAAUUAUCUCAACUACAAAGUGAAAAUAUGUUGCUCCGAGAGCAACUAGAUGAUGCCUACAGCAGAGUGGAGUGUAAAGAAAAGACUAGAAUUGAUCUCGAAGACCAGGUUCAGGUUAUUGUAAGAAAUAUUCAAGCUGAAAGUGAAAAACGAAGUCUUAUACUGCAAGAAAGAAAUAAGGAGUUAAUCAAUGAAUGUAAACAUUUAAUGGAAAGAGUAUAUACUUAUGAAAAGGAGAAAGAAGAAAGAGAAGCUUCACCGGAGUUAUCACAUUAUCGUAUUAAUUUAGAAGAUGAGGUACAGGAUUUAAAAACAUUGGAUCAAAUCAGAAGUCAGAUUGGUGAUCUUAGAGCAAGAUUGGAAACUGAAUCUUUAAGAUGUCUACACCUGGAUGCAAAAAAUCAAGUUCUUCAACAGGAGUUAUUAUCUAUGAAAGCAACAGAGAGGGAAUGUGAGAAACUAAAACAGAUUAAAAAGAAGUUGGAAGAAGAAGUAGUAAACCUCAGAAGUCAUGCAGAAGUUAAUGUGGUAGAAGGCAGUCAAGUAGAAAAGUAUUAUAAAUGGGAGAUUGACCAGAGAGCAAGAUUGAUUGUAGAAGAAAGAUUAAAAGAAGUCAAUCUAUUUUUACAGAGACGAGCAGCAUCUCAAGAAAACUUAGAGCAGUUAAGAGCAAGUCAUGAUGCUUCAAUAAGAAGUCAAGUGGCACUCAGAAUUAAAGAGCUGGAAUCUGAACUUCAAUCCAAAAUAAGAAAUUCUCAAGAACUUAAAAUAGAAUUGGAAAAGUACAGGCAACUCUACCUAGAAGAAUCAGAAAUGCGAAUGUCAUUGACAAAAAAACUGAGCAAGACUAAUGAGAGGCUGGAAGAUACCAGAUAUCUGGUGGAGAGACAGCAGAACAGACCUUUCCACAGCACUCUUAAUAUGGGACCAGUCUUGGAAGGGCCUUAUGUUGGAAAUUUGACUAGUAGUUUACUGCUGGAUGGAAAUGUUACUCCAAGAGAAAAUGUAAUGAUUCCUACCUCAAGGCCGCAGACUUCAGUUAGCAGCAUUGAAACUCACUUGAUCAAGAUGCUGCAGGAAUUGGAAGACAAUAUAACCAGAGAACUAAAAGAAGUUGCUCGUGAAUUAGAAUAAGGAUUCUGUAGAUCCUCUCCUUUAGGACCUACUGACGAAUCAAAUGUAAAUCAAGAUCUAGUACUGCAACCAUCACGAGAAUAUGUAAAGAUUUUGAAUAGAAAGUAUAUGAUCUGAAAGAUAUAUAGUAAAAGUUUAUUACCUAAAUGUUUAAUAUAACAUUUUGUUUCCCAGUAAAUGUCUGAUGUACAAAAAAAUCUUUAUUAAAGGAAAUUUUGUUAUA